AUGACAAAUAUCGUUACAACCGAAAGCGGUGAAAAAUUCACUCUGUUUUUCACUAUCCGUAGUCCAUUUUCCAAUUUUCAUCCCUGUCGUUUCGCAAUAUUUGAAGAUGUUGGCAGUGGAAAACCGGAAGAAAGAUGGUACUAUUCCACUGAACAGUACUACAUGUAUCAUAAAGCGCUUUCUGCUGGAGAUAGUGAAACAGCGGAGCAAAUAGCGAAUGAACGGGAUGCACGAAAAAUCAAAAUGUUUUCACGUAAUAUCCGGAAUUUUGAGCGCGAAACAUGGAACAAAAUAAGUAGCGAUGUGAUGAGAAGAGGAAAUUUUGCCAAAUAUACACAGAAUCCAUUGUUACGGAAGAAGCUGUUUUACACUUACGGUAGUACGCUAGUAGAAUGUUCCCCAACAGAUCUUGAAUGGGGCAUCGGUUUGGACAUCAAUGAACCGGAUGCACUGAGUCCAUCAAAAUGGAGAGGGAAAAAUAAACUCGGUCAAAUUUUGACCGAAAUCCGUGAAGAGCUUUUAUUAAAGCCAGAAUAUGCGCAGGAGGUGAGUGAUAUCUUGUCAAUGCUGGAGAAUUUUGAUAGCUUCAGCCGGCAAUUUUUUCUUCCUCCAAAACUUCCAGUUCAGCAGUGCAGCUGUCCUUCAUCUAGUGAAUAUGACAGAGACCACGAGAAAAGACGUAGCCUACCCUCUUCUAUGGAAAUUGGUCAAAUAUCUGAUGGAAAUCGUGAUAAACGUUACAGUCUACCAUCGUAUCCAUGUGCGGAACGAUCCGAAAACAUUCCUGAUUCUGAUUCUCAAAAUGUUUCUAUUAUAAAAGUAGAAAACGGCAGUUCCCCAACACAUCGAGAAGGAUAUUCUCGGCCAGCUCGAUUAACUAGGAAACGUAGUCACCAUCGUAUGCCAAGUUAUGAUCGAGAUUUUAGACGGCACAGCGACGAUUCAAGAGAUCGCAGAAGGAAUGGUUCUCGAUCAGGGAAGAGACGAGAUGCUUCUAGCAGUAAUAGGUCCCGUUGUGGCACGCAGUCUCGCUCUGUUAAGGGUCGUAGUAGUUCUGAAAGCGAUCACGAGUCUAGCAGAUUUUUGAAGAGACAGCGAAGAAUUGGGUUAACUGGUGAUAACAAUCGCUUGACGUCAUUUCGACGUCACAAUAAUUGUGAUAUAAACUCGUCUAGUAGUGAAGAAAGUUCAAGUUCGCUGGGUGAAAUUGAUGUCGAAGUGGUAAAAAAAGCAUUUGAGGAUCCUUUCAAAAGUUUGUUGGAAAGACUUCGAAGUAAGAAAUGUGGCAUGUGGGAGCAAUAUGCUGCAGAAAGUAGUCACAAUUCUAAUGGAGCCAUCCCAAGUGAUGAUUAA